UAUCUCUUUUCACACGGAGUGUCAAGCUUUGAACUUAGUGCAAAUGUUUUGAGCUCACACACUAUUCUAGAUAGACAACCUCCAUGGCUGCUUCUGCUACGCAACCUCGUGUCAUGGUGCUACCCUUCCCCGCGCAGGGCCAUGUCAUCCCGCUCAUGGAGCUGUCUCGCAAGCUCGCCGGGCACGGCCUCGCGGUAGACUUCGUGAACACCGAGUUCAACCACGACCUCGUCAUGGAAGCAAUGGCAGAGAAGGGAGCAAUUCCUGAUGGGAUCCACAUGCUCACCGUUCCGGACGGCCUGGGCCCCGGAGACGACCACGCGGACAUCGGCAAGUUUGUCAAGGACCUGCCGGCCGCCAUGUCCGGCCGCCUCGAGGAGAUGAUCCGAUCCAGGAAGAUUAGGUGGGUGAUUGCAGAUGUAUCCAUGAGCUGGGCACUCGAGGUGGCCACCAAGGCGGGUGCCCGUGUUGCCUCGUUCUCGACCUACUCCGCGGCCGUGUUUGCUCUGAGGAUAAACCUCCCCAAACUGAUAGAGGAUGGCGUUCUUGAUGAAAAUGGAAAUGUGAAGGGGCAGGGGAAGAUCCAAAUGGUGCCGCCCAUCGACGCGUCGGAGAUCCCCUGGGUCAGCCUGGCCAGCACCAGCGCCCCUGAGAGGCGCAGAAACAACAUCCAGAACGUCCUCAAGACCAACAUGUCGAUGCCACUGGCCGAGGUGGUCAUCUGCAACACUUCCAUGGAGUUGGAGCCCGACGCUCUGGCUCUGCUCCCCAACGCGCUGCCUCUCGGCCCGCUGGUGGCACCCACGUCGAGGCCGGCCGGGCACUUCUUGCCCGAAGACCUCGCCAGCCUCACCUGGCUCGACGCGCAGCCCGCCGGCUCCGUCGUCUACGUGGCCUUCGGGAGCUCCGGCUUCCUGGACGCGACGCAGUUCCAAGAGCUCGCCGACGGGCUCGCGCUCUCCGGCCGGCCGUUCCUGUGGGUGGUCCGCCCAAAGUUCACGACCGGACCCGGGCAGGAUCGGUUCGACCUCAACGCGUUCAAGCGCCGCGUGGAGGGGCAGGGGCUGGUCGUGGGCUGGGCGCCGCAGCAGCGCGUGCUCUCGCACCCGGCCGUGGCCUGCUUCGUGUCGCACUGCGGGUGGAACUCGACCGUGGAGGGCGUGCUGCACGGCGUGUCGUUCCUGUGCUGGCCCUACUUCGCCGAUCAGUUCUGCAACCAGAGCUAUGUGUGCAACGUGUGGGGCACCGGCGCCAAGCUCCGGCGAGACGAGCGAGGGGUCGUCUCGAAGGAGGAGGUCCAGAGCAAGGUCGCGCGGCUGCUCGGAGACGGGGAGGUCAAGGCGAGGGCGGCGACGUGGAAGGAGGUCGCGUGUGGCAGCAUUCGGGAGGGUGGGUCCUCGCAUGGGAAUUUGCUCAAGCUUGUCAGCUUGCUGAGACAACAAUGAUGGCACGGCCUACUUUGACAAAGGAUCUCGCUGAGCGCGCGAGAGGCAUUUUGACCGCGGCAGGCGGCACGCACGACGUCGGCCGGCCGGCCACCGCAAAAAAUAAAUAAAAGCAUUCGGUUGACACUCGAGAAGUGCAUCUACGAA